AUGAUUGCUUUCUCCAGCGCCAAAAUGCAUUUCUUUACUAACGUUCCAAAUCUUACAGAGCUCGAAAGUUCUACUCAAAGUUCUCAUACUUUGAUCAUACCGAUGACAUUAUCAUUAGUUAAUACAUUAGAAUGGUCAACUAUUAUCUUAAAUCGCUGGUUCGUUCCAAUAAUGUUCUUAAUAGGUGUAUUAGGAAAUAUAUUUAAUCUAAUGGUAUUUACACGUAAAAAUUUUUUUAGAAAAUCAUGUUUUCUAUAUCUUCUGGCAGCAUCAAUAAAUAAUAUAGUUAUGUUUUUAAUUGGUCUUUCAACUCGAAUAAUGGAUGAUGGUUUUCAAAUAACUAUUUUUCGUAGUGAUUCAGAUGUAUACUGUAAAUUUCGAAUUUAUCUUGUUUAUACUCUUUUUGCAAUAUCAAAUUGGUUUCUUGUUUUUGCAUCAUUUGAUCGAUUUUAUUCAACAAGUCAAUCAGCAUUAAAACGUCAGCGCUUUUGUUGCAAUCGAAUGGCAUUUAAACUAAUUUGUUUAACAGUAAUUGGAUGUCUUCUAACGCAUAUGCAUAUUAUUAUUUAUUACAAGUACUUGUACUACUUAAAUGUAUACAAUAAACCAACAUUAACAUGUGCAUCAGAUAAUGGAAUCUAUACUAUGUUUUUUUCCUUUUUUAUGUUAAUUUUUUAUAGUCUAUUACCUCCAAUAUUAAUGUUAUUAAUAGGUCUUUUAACAUUAAAUAAUAUUCGAAAGUCUCAUCAACAAAUAAAUCCAAAUCGAACUCAAACAUUAACAAGACGAGAUGCACAUCAAUUAAUUAAAACUCUUUCAAUACAAAUAGCUCUUCUUAUAAUAACGACAAUUCCACAUUCAUCCUAUUGGAUUUAUAUGGCAUUUGCAUCAGGACAAUAUUCAAUGAAAACAAAUCUUACACUAGAAUAUGAAAAAUUUAUUUUAAAUAUUGUUCGUUUGAUACUUUAUAUUAAUUAUGGAAGUAUAUUUUAUAUACAAAUUAGUAUUUCCAAAACAUUUAGAAAUGAAUUUAUUAAAAUUAUUAACAAAAUGAAAAGACAUUUUAGAAAUUUAUAUUAA